AUGCCGAAAAGAAUUAAUAAUCAAGAAAACAAAAAUCAUAAAUUUUUGCCGUACUUAGUUAAAGACUUCAAUUGUGACGGUCAAUAUAUUAUUAUCACUUUUUAUUUAUCUGAGGGAAGUUUCGUCGUACUUUCUGAUUUCGUGUUUCCAACCGUGGAGCAAGUACUAAAACAAUGCAAAAAAAGUGCAAAGCGUGCACCAAACUCGUUCAUAAUUUUCCGGAUGUUUUUUAAUCAGUCCGUUAAAUACGUUCCUCCUUCCAAUGUGGGCAGAGUUAGUCAGAUUGCCAAGUCAGUUUGGGCAGUAGUAUCAGAAGAUUUAAAAAAAGCUUUCAUUUUAUUAGAAGGAAAAGUUAAAGAUUGUUUAAGAAAAACUCGAGCUCCCUCAUUUAUAAUGCAUCAUGGCAAUGAUCGUAAUCGUAAAAUUAGACGAUUUUCUACUUCUUCUUUUUCAUCACAUGAAUUAAAUGAACCAUUGAAUAAGAAUACUCCUUCAUUGGAUUUUAAUGAUAUUACCCCAACUUCAGAACUUCCAGAAAGCUACACCUAUAACUAUGAGCCUCCAACAUUUCCUCCUUUCAUGCCUUUCAUGGAGAAUUUUCAAGAAUUUGAGGUUCCUGCUGAAAGUAGUAAAGAUCCAAAUUCUUUACAAUUUACAUUACCUGAACAAUAUUUACUUGGAUUUACCACAUCUAACUGGAACCCUCCGGGAAUAUACUUUGAAAAUUUAGAAUUAUUGAAUCUAUUUGUAAAUGAUACGAAUACUACAAUUAAUUAUGACGAUUCCACAAUGACGAAUGAACCUUUUUUAUAUGAAAGAGAAACGACAGAUACAGGAACAUUUAUGAGAAAUGAUCAAAUUGAUCAAAUUGGUCAAAUUGGUCAAACUCAUGUAGAAAUUUCGUCGGAUGAUACAUUUGAUUUUACUGAGUUUUGUUCGUUACUUGAUUAUGAAGAAAUAUGUAAUUUGGAUUUUGGUUAUUGUAACCGCCAAUUCUAA